CUCAAGUUUACGAGCAAAGUUCACUUUUCAAUCAUGAAUAUGCUGCGAGGUGUCUCCGUGUUGGUUAUGGUGUGCAUGGUGUCCGCUGCGAAGCUGCCAGGUUACAGUGCUGGAGGCGACUCUGGGUUGAGCGUCGAUCUCAGCGGUGCAGGAGGCCACGGCGGCGGCGCAGGAGGGGCUGGAAGCGUUUUCCCGGCCAUUUUCGUCGGCAAAGGAAACCUUCCUGCUAGUGCUAUUGGAGGCGCCGCCGGAGGCAUUGGCGGAGGCGCUGUUGGACAGGAGUACACUGGGACAAGCACUGGUCCUGUUGCUCCUGUUGUUACCGUUGAAGAAGAAUACACUGGCCCAGUUGCCGCCGUAUCGCCUGUUGUCACUGUAGAAGAGGAAUACACUGGGCCAAGCACUGGUCCUGUUGACCCUGUUGCACCUGUCGUUGCCGUUGAAGAGGAAUACACUGGGCCCAACGAAGUCGCACACGUCAGCCCCCCUGUGAGUGAAUACAGCUCACCAAACCACUAAAGCUUUAUGCUCUCGGGAUCAGUAUGACAUUGCUCCGAAUGGAUCAGUAUUCAUUCAAUAAAUACUUAUUUAUUAAA